AUGGCUCGAACGGUCUCCAGCGGCGCGGCGGCCAAGGCAGGGCGGGUGCUGGAGCUGGAGCCGGUGCGCGGGCGGCUGGUCCGGCUGGAGAACCUGCAGCCUCAGUCUGCCGCCAGCAGCCGCGCCGUCCGGACGCUGCGGGACCCGUCCGCCUCUGCAAACAGCAUGAUCCUGCCGCCGCAGUCCGCGACCGCCAUGCCGGCCGGCCGCACGCCGUCUCUGUCCUCGUCGUCGUCGCCGUCGGCGGCGCCGUGCUCGCGGGCGCGCGUGGGCGGUGGCCGCCCGGUGGUGCAGUGGAGGCGGAGGCACGUGCGCGAGGGGCUGCUCGUCAUCGACGAGGCGCAGCUGGCGCGCCUCAUCAAGCGACAGCCCAUCCAUACGCUGUACCAGCUCGACCCCGAGCCCUUCGCCACGGGCCAGUUCGCGUCGGUGUGGCGGUGCCGGUCUCGUGAGACUGGCCAGGUGUUCGCCGCCAAGUUCUCCAGCCGCACGCGCUACGGCGACGACUGCAGUGCCGAGAUCCGCCACGAGAUCGCUCUGCUGUCGCUGUGCGCUCCGUCGCCCCGCAUCGUGCGCCUGCACGACGUCUUCGAGACAGACAACGAGAUCAUCAUUGUGCUCGAAUACGCUCCGGGCGGCGACCUGCAGACUAUUAUCGAUGACAACCUGGUGCCUUUCGAAUCGGACGUCGUCAAGUUCGUCCGCCAGCUUCUAGAGGGCCUGGUGUAUUUGCACGAACGCCGAAUCGCCCACCUCGACAUCAAGCCUCAGAACCUGGUGAUGAUGUCACAGUUCCCUGACUGCGACGUCAAGCUCUGCGAUUUCGAGAUAUCGCGAGUUGUUGUUGAGGGCGCAGAGAUCCGAGAACUGCUCGGCACACCAGACUAUGUCGCUCCUGAAAUCCUUCACUAUGAGCCGAUCACACUCGCUGCGGAUAUGUGGUCGCUAGGAGUAACGACUUACGUGCUGCUGACGGGCUUCUCGCCGUUCGGCGGUGAAACAGACCAGGAGACUUUCUGCAACAUCUCCGGCGCGCAGCUCGACUUCCCGGAGGAGCUGUUCGAGGAUGUGUCGGAGGCGGCGCAGGACUUCAUCCGCAGGCUUCUCGUGCGGGAUCCCAGGGCGCGACCGACGGCGAAGGAGUGCCUGCGCCACAGGUGGUUUACCGGCAGCAAGGUGAAGGUGAAGGCUCGCGCGAAGGACAGCGGCGGGCUGCGCAAGUACCUGUCCAAAUCGCGGGAGGCGCUGUUCGAGCGCGUGGUGCAGCAGCGCCAGCAGCAGCAGCAGCAGGGCAGCUGCCAGGACCUGCGACGGCGCACGUUGCUGUCGCAGCAGCGGCGGCGCCUCUGCGAGAGCCACGCGUCGCUGCUGGCGCCGGCGGCGGCCUCGCGGGCGCGCGCGCUCGCCGACCAGCCGUGGCCGGCGCCCGCGCUCAGCCGCUCGCGGGAGAAGCUGUACGGGCUGCGCAGCCUGUCGCGCUCCAGCGAGGCGCUGGCGCUACCGCUGCCGCUGCGGCCCGGCUGCCGCUCGCUGCUCGACCUGUGCGGCGCCGCGCUCUCGCGCCAGCCCAGCUCCGCCUCGCUCGACAACUGCGACGACGUCAACAGCAACGUCUGCAGCCGCGCCGCAUCGCCAGCGCCCGCGCCCGUACCGGCGCCCGCCGACCUCACCAACAGCAACGUCUGCAGCCGAGCGGCGUCGCCAGCGCCCGCCGACGUCACCAACAGCAACGUCUACUGCGAUGCGCCGUCCGCCGAGGACGAUCUCCUGGCGGACGUGCCGACCGCCCCGACACCGGAGCCACCUGCGGUCGGCGGUGAGUGGCGGGACGCCCCCGCAGACCUGACGUCGCCCGCGCUGCUCAGGAACUGCCUCGGCAGCGCCGUCUCCGCCAGGGCGGCAGUCGAGGCUGUGGCCGCCAACAGCGAAGAGCGCGUCGACGGUAGGGAGAACGGCUACGACAGCAACCCGGUCGAAAGUGAAGACAUCCCAGCUGCUGAACAGACGAGGACGGCAGACCCGCAAGUCGAGGACCUCGACAAGGUCCACAGGUUGAAAAAGAGCGGCGAUGACGAGAUGAAUACGUCCUAUUCGAGCGGUUCGGAUGGCGAGGACGGCGGUGCCGGCAGCUCCAGCAGCGGAGGCGGCGGAGGAGGCAGCAGUUCGCAAGACGACGGCUUCGACGAGGCCGAGGAGGACGAGGAGGAGGGGCAGGAGAGCGAGGGCGCGUCGCAGGAGCCGCGCUUCACUGUGGCACAGCUGGUGUCGGCCUUCACGCGGCACGAGCGAGCCGUCGCGGGCGCCGCGCCCGCUCCGGAGGCCGGCCGCUUCCCCACGGGGCCCAACGCCCUGCGCCUCUUCAUCCCGGGCAUCAGCAUCCGCCGCGACCGUGACCGCGACCGCGACCGGCAGCGCCAGCGCCGCCGCCACGGACGACAAGAGCAGGGUGAGAAAACCACGUCACCUGAAGAGCAACAGUCAUCUAUUGUUUCCAAGACAGGUGAUCAGACCUUGAUAACUGUGCCAGCAGAUUAUGAUCGUCUUCAGUCAAACAGUGGAGUAUCUGAUCAGGAAGUCAGCAAGAAAUCAGCUGGUGGAGUCUCCAGGAAUGGAGACAGCUUAGAAAGAACAUCAGCUUUCUGUGUAGACCAUGAUACAAACAACAACAGAAAUAACAAGUGUAUCAGCAACACCAAUGGUACCCGCAGUUCUUCGUGGGAGCGUAUCUGUACAGGCUCUUACACUCGUGCCAUGGACAAGUUUCGACCAACGAGGAAAUCUCUUACAGCAAUUUCAGAACCUCCAGUUCAAAUUACAGAAAAAGUACGUCGCAAAUCAACUCCAGCCAUUAAAAAUGUCUAUUUGUAAUUGGUAUCUUUUCCCCACUUGUAGUCAGCGUAAACAAUUACAUAAUUGUAUCCUUUGUUCGACUUUUGCUGUUACAUGAGAAAAUAAUAAUUAGUUUUAACCUUUUUGUGACUUGACCUCAGUUUCCUUGAAAGAUCUAAAUAGAAUUUUUUUUCUGGAACAGCUACAUAUGUAGACAAAUUUCGCAUUACUUCGAACAAAUUUCUCUGUUUAAGGAUCGUGGGAUGCACAUGUUGCUAUGCCACAUGUUGUGGCCAUAUAUUUACAUGAGAAAAUAAUAAUUAGUUUCAACCUUUUUGUGACUUGACCUCAGUUGCCUUGAAAGAUCUAAAUAGAAUUUUUUUCUGGAACAGCUACAUAUGUAGUCAAAUUUCGCAUUACUUCAAAUAAAUUUCUCUAUUUAAGGAUCAUGGGAUGCACAUGUUGCUAUGCCACAUAUUGAAUUUUUGGCGGUUUACCGUCCACAAAAGAAGUUUAGUUUAAGAAUACAACAAUGAAAUUCAAUUUUUGUGUGCAAAUUUAUUAUCUGUGACAUCUAACUGAGCAAUUUAUGUAAUUUUAUAUUCGUUAAACCAGAGCUAGUCAUAUACUCAGAUGUCUAACUUGAAAUGAAGGAUAGUACAGAUGUGAAAGCUAAUGGCUUGACUGCUCAGAAGAACAUCAGAGCGAGUGGUUACUGUUUGUAUCCUUUUCAGUUGUGGGACUAUACAAUAAACAACAAAGUUGUUACUCAUUUCUGGGAGUUUCCGAGUGUGAUUGACAGAAGCUAGAUUCCUGGAUGCAACAAUCUUGGUGAUUCCAUUACCAAUCUUAUUGGACAUCCAUAACUGUACCUAGAGUUGUUAGUAUUAGUUUACCCCGGAAUUAGCAGUUAAGGAAUAUUCUCUGUCCUUUUAUUCCUCAUUUCUUUUUUGUUGAAUAAGGUAAUGUAUCUAGUAUUUUAGCAAUGCACACUUUAAAAUGAAGCUGUCAUAUACAAACAUUAUCAUGUAACAUAUUAAGAAACGUAAUGGUUCAUUUUUGUAUGUAGAAUAAAUAUAUAAGUUCGAUUAAAG